CUUUGAAAUCCUCGACCACCCAACGACUCAAUUGAUCUGGACAAUAUGCCAACAUUAACCUUAAUUGUACCACUGGCAUACCUGACCGUUCUGGCGGGCUCACUGAUCUGUUUCUCCUUCUUUUACCGCCGAAGAAAAGCUGGCCAAAUCCAACAACUGGAACCCUGGUUCCCCCCCUCCCCCGCCCGCGACGUCUACCUCUCACUCCUCCACACCGACCCCCAACCCCCACCCACCCUCCUCCGCGCCGCCCUGGUCACUCGCGCUGCCUCCGCAAUCACCUCCAUCAUCACCCUCCGCGAACAAAAACCCGCCCUCGCCCUCCUCUCUCAAAAAGGAUCCGUUCCCGAAAGUUUGCAGAAAGAGUUUGAUUUGGCGGAGCGAUGGGUUAAUGGAGAGGUUCAGGAUAUCGUGCUGGAGGCGGAGGGGUGGGAGAAGGGGUGGGGACAGGUGAUUUUCCAGACGGCGGGGGAGGUGGCUGGGUAUGAGAGGUUGAGGGGAAUUGUGAAGAAGCACGAGGAGAUGUCGAGGGUUGAGAGGGCCAAAUAUGAUGCUGAGAUGAAGGAGAAGGGGAUGAUUCAGGAGAAGCCUGCUGAGGUGAAGGCGGAGUAAGGAAGACUGAGAGUCUGCAUGGCGUGAAUG